AUGGAAUAUUUAAAAAAGACUUUAUUUAUUUCUGAGAAAAAUAAGUUAUGGAUGAAAAAAGAGCGUCAGUAUAAAAAGUACCGUUCAAGGAAUUAUAUAGGAUAUAGAUGUCUUAUUGUAUCUUUAUUAAUUUUUUACUUGAUAAUACAGUUGAGUUAUGAUAAUUUUGGUGAAAAUACUUAUAAUAGUAAUGAUUCAAUUAUCAGGAAUAGAGAUAGUAGAAUUUUAUACGAAUUUUUAUCUAAUUCUUAUGAAUACGAUCAUUAUAAUGAUUAUGUAAAUGUAGAAGAGUUUAAUGAUUUUUCUAAUGAUAUAUUAGAAGACUUUAGCUCAAUUUCGAAUAACGUAAAUGAUUAUGGUUAUGAUAAUUUAGAUGAAAAUGUUAAUUUAAUGUCCUUUAUUGAAGUAACAGAAGUAUUAAAUGAUGGUCAAAAUACACCACCCGAAAGUAACGUAGAUUAUGUUGUAAGUGAAUUGAACGACGAUAUUAUUGAUGAAGAAGAAGAUAAACGACUUAAGGAAGCAUAUGAAAGAAUAUUAAGGAAAAGACGUGGAAUUUCAGGAAGGCAUCCAUAUCAUAUAUUAACAAGUAGUUGUAAUGAGUUUAAUUCAAAUAACAUAAUAAACGAAGAGGAAUUAGAUCAUGUUGAAUUAAUACAAAAUGAAAUGGAUUCUGAUUCAUAUAAUGUAUUAACAGAAGAAGAUGUACAAAAUAUUAAUUCGUCAUAUAAUAAUGAAGAACUUAAUAAUAAUAAUAAUAAUAAUAUUAGAUCAACAAGUGAGAAUAAUGUUAAUACGUAUGAAUUACCUAAUGGAGAAUUACAUAAUAAUUCUGAUAGAUUAAAUGGUGCAGAUGUAGUAAAUAUGAACUUAUAUUUUAAUGGAGAUGUGUAUAGUUCACUUGAGAAUUUAGAAGAAACGGUAGAAACAAGAAAUGAAGAAGAUGAAGAUAACGAAGAUGAUGAAGAAGAAUUUGAAAAGAUGUUAAAUGAAUUAAAAAAUAAUGGAACACUUGGUGAAACAUGUAGAAUAUGGAAUAAAUUGUGUUUUAUUGAAAAUAAGAAAUUUUAUAAUAUGCAAAUGAAAUUAUGGAAUUUUUGCGAAAUAUUAGCAUUUGAAUAUAAAAUACCUCAAAGUACUUUAGCAAAUGAAUGGAAAAAAAUUGUUACUUAUACAAAUGAAGAAUUGAUUCAACAUAAUUUAACUAAUAUUUCGGAUUUUAAUACUUUAGUAUUUAAUAAAAUAUAUGACGCACUGGAUUUUAUAGAAUUCAUAAAACACAAAAGAGAAUCAUGGAAACAAUUUAGAGAAAGUGAAGAACCUGUAUGGAAAAACACACUCGAAAAAAAUUUUAAAAAUUAUGUACAAUAA